CGGUAUAACUGGAAGGCUAGCGGCGCGGCGCGCGGUCAGUUGUGUCAAUUAUAGGCGUGGACAUAUAGAAUAUACAAAGAGUAUUUGGAGACGUCGAAUCUCUAUCGUAAGAAGUUUUUGCAAAGCAAAGAGCUGAGGUUCCUCACAUUUUCCCCGAAAUGGCCGUUGGACUCCGUUUUUCCUUUCUCGUGACAGUGUUGCUCUUCCUUUGCUGCAUUCAUGAAGGCCUUUCUAUCAAAUGCUGGGUAUGCAGGUCAGACUCAGAUCCGAAAUGCGCGGAUCCGUUUGAUAAUUCCACAGUGCCCAUUACAGACUGCAGCCAAGAACCCGGUUUGGAACACUUGCCAGGUGUAAGGCCGACGAUGUGUCGUAAAAUUCGUCAAAAAGUUAACGGGGAAUGGAGAUACUUCCGUAGUUGCGCCUACAUGGGCGAGCCAGGAAUUGCGGGCGACGAGCGAUUUUGCUUAAUGCGAACUGGAACGUAUAAUAUAUUUAUGGAAUACUGUACGUGCAAUAGCAAGGACGGUUGUAACGCGGCGCCCUAUCAAUACGCAAAUUGGUUCCUCUUAUUAAUUGGCCUGAUAACAACCGUCCGAUACGUGUCCGUCGUUUAAGAAAGUCUAGCCAAAGAUUCUUAACAAGAUCUGAUUCACUGGAUAGUUUAGAUUUCAGUAACUAUCUUUACAGUUCAAGAUUGACUUGUACUUACGCAAUACUCCUCUCAUCUUACACGUCUAACGUCAGGGAAGACACAAAGCAAUCAAGCAAUUAAAUAUAUAUAGAUAUCGUAGUUUUUAUAAUGCAAUUUUGUAAUUUUUAUAAUUUUUUUUACACAAUCAAGUGCCUUUUUGUAUCUAUUAUAUCUUUAAAUGUGAAAAUGAAAUUUUUGAAUAUUUAUAAGAAGGAAUAACACUUCCAGUAAGUCAGUAAUUUACCUUGGCUUAAGCUACAUUUUAUCAAUAAAUUACAUAUUUUAUAGAAAUAUAUUUUUACUGCUAUAUGAAAAGUGUACUAUAUAUAUGUACUAUUUUCUCAAUUUUUACAUUAUUAUAGUACAAAUUAUGAAUCUCACUAA